AUGUACAACAAAUAUUCUGGAAAACCUAAAAUGACACUCUACGAUUAUCGCUUAGCUGUGAUAAAUGAGCUUUUACCUGAAAAAAAUACUGCAGUGUCUGUUCCAACCGGCCCAAGCAGAGCGAAAACGAGCAGAGAAGUGCCACACAAAAUCAGUAAAAUAACUGAGAGAAAUUCCAAAGGAAACAUCAAGCGCAAGAUGUGCCGCAUGUGCUCAAAAUCUCAAAAAAUACGGAGAGACUCUAUGUGGCAUUGCGAAACUUGCAUUGACAAACCUGGUCUGUGCUUUGAGUGUUUUGACGAAUUCCAUUUGUCCAUCUAG